AUGGCCGACCGAAUAUUCCGCAUCUUUAACCCGGGAGAACCAAAGGGUGAUCCCGUUGAGAAGAGGCGCGCCCAGCUGCGACGUGCCCAACAAUCUUAUCGAGAUCGCAAGGACAAGUACACCAAGGCGCUCGAGGCCGAACUAGCACGGUCUCGGAAGAGCGAGGCGGGCUUGACGUCCCAGAUCGAGCAGCUUCGUGCCAAAGUUCACAAACUGGCCACUCUCUUGUCCCAAAAUGGCAUCUCACUUCCUUUGGAUUUUGACGAUGAGGGAGACGUUCAUGAUGAUGUAUCGCGUAUAGAUGCGUCUCCGCUCGCAACGCGUGGACAACCGCUACCGGCUGAUGGCUUCCUAUCGAGUACAGAUUCAACCUCUCCAGAGUCGACGACGGACCAUGGCGUUAUUUUCAACAGUGGAAAUCGUACUUUACGGCAGUACGGUUCGAGGAUCUUUGCCCGACAUCAUGAACCCCAAGUUCCAGCGCCAACGAGAUUCGCGGGUACCAUCACCCAAGAUGAGCCUGGUGACAGAACUCGCCUUGCUGAACUUGACGCCACACAGGUCGGAAUGGAAUUCGUGCUCACGCUAGAAAGGCCUUGUCUAAACCAUCUACACGGAAAUCCCAAAAAGCCCCUGGAACCACACGGCCAUGCUUUGACCACUACAGUCCAGCUUCAGGCCUCCUUGUCACUUCCUCCGAUCGAUCCAAGAAACCCUGUGCCUCCGUCAUACCAAAAUGCUCCCGCAGCCGUGCUCGAUCGUCUAUUGAAUCUUGCCCCGAGUGUAUCCCCAGACGGCGACGUGACGCCGAUACAAGCGUGGCAUUUUAUCCGGCGCCAACCGCAAUUUGGGGGUUUCGAGGUGCAGCGCCUCAACAGGCUGGCGGAGAGGCUACGAGAAGCAGCAAAGUGUCACGGGUUUGGUGCUGCUGUUCAGACAGGCAUCUUUGAAUCCGCUGUACGGGAAAUACUCCAACCCUUGGCUAUAACAGCGGCUUGA